AUGAAACAGGAGAAUAAAAAGCGACAAGUUCCACGGAGAACUCGUUUCUUACACGACCGAAGCGCAGAGGCGCUGCUCGCUGAACUGAACCGUUCCGGAUUGUAAACAGCGACCGUUUCAAAGGCGGAUGUGGAAGAAAUCGACGAGUCGUGACGUCACACGCGAGCUGGCGUGGUCCGGGUCCAAUCCACAGCACCGCACCGCCAGAACUGACCCCUGGGCUGCUCCCAGAAACCCAAGGUAUUUAAAAGUCACUUGCAACUUCCGAAGAAACUGUCGGAAUGUGGCGCGCCACUGACAUUUACCAACUGGAGACGAGAAAGUUGCAGGUAUGAGAGAGAGAGAGAGGGAGAGAGAGAGGGAGGUGCGUUAGAGCGAGAGAGGGAGGAGUGAGAGACUCCGGGAGCUACAGAGGAGCGAGGAGACGGAGACGGACCAGAGGCAGGAGGUCAACAAGAGCGCGAGCCGUCGGGUCACCGAGUCCCGGAGCCGCACACGGAACACAGCGAGAGAGAGAGAGAGAGCGCGCGCGCGAGAGAGAGCGGCGGAGGAGUGACUGAAAGACGAGAGCGCGAGGUCCCGGCCGAGGAGGAACCAGCGGAGAGAAGGAGAAGAAAGACAAGAAGAUGCCGAGGGUUGUCCCGGACCAGAGGAGCAAGUUCGAGAACGAGGAGUUCUUCCGCAAGUUGAGUCGCGAGUGCGAGAUCAAGUACACGGGCUUCAGAGACCGACCGCACGAGGAGAGGCAGGCUCGCUUCCAGAACGCCUGCCGGGACGGACGCUCAGAAGUGGCCUUCGUCGCUACAGGCACCAACCUCUCGCUGCAGUUCUUCCCGGCUAACCUGCACGGAGAGCAGAGACAGGUUCCCACCAGAGACUACGUGGACUUCGAGAGGGAGACGGGGAAGGUCCACCUGAAGGCUCCCAUGAUCCUCAACGGCGUGUGCGUCAUCUGGAGAGGCUGGAUCGACCUGCAGCGGCUGGACGGGAUGGGCUACCUGGAGUACGACGAGGAGCGGGCGCAGCACGAGGACGCGCUGGCGCAGGCGGCGUUCGAGGAGGCUCGCCGCAGAACCAGAGACUUCGAGGAGCGGGACCGCUCACACCGAGAGGAUCUGGAGGACUCUGUUGGUAAAAUCUGGGACUGAUGGGCGUCCGGCAGGAAGCAGGAGCAGGUCCAGACGGCAGCAGGGGCCCCUCCCUGGCUCAAACAUGGCCAACGCUGACCUGGAGCACCAGAUGAUGCGCUGACCCGUCCAACACGUCGCACCCAACGCUGCGCCGCCGGCCACCGUCCACUGCUGUUUCCGGUCUGGGGCUGAAAGAGAAGCCGUUCCAUCCAGGCCUGGAGGUCACGUGACUCUCGGCCCCUGCUGGACCAUGCUGUUUGUUUGUCCGACGUCACUGUGCGGUGGGACCCGGCGUCACGUGACCCUUGCGGCCGUCCGGCCGUCCGUCUGUCUGUCCGUGUCCUUGCUCUGUCAACAUUUUCUGCUUCACACCUGAUCUGGCUCCCAAAACCUGCCGACGUCGUCACAUUUGAGCUUUGCUUCAGGGUUCAAAACAGUCCAAUAAACAAGUCCAAACAUCUCACCUGACCUCCAGCACUGACACGCACACACAUGCGCGCCCUGGCCGUCGCCCUUUCCCCAGCCUCCCGCCUGAACCAAACUGGAACCCAGUUAUUUUGGCUGGUGUUUUUCAAGCCGCGGCUCAUUUGCUUCAUUGACAACAUGUUGAGGCUCAAAAGCAGCACAGGAGCCUUCAUGGGCGACACACAGUGGGUGUUAGUUGCCAGGCUGCUCGAGUUAGUCACUGACUUUCAGUCACUGUUUGGAUGGGAUCACUUCUCUUUGGCAGGAUUUUGAUGUCGUUGGGCGUCUCCAGACAAACCCUUAGCAUUCUUCCCUGAACUCGCCUCAUAAAAACAAUGAGUCUUUCUCUCUUCAUAUUUUUUUUAACAAUAUUUUUAUUGACACAUAACAGCAAAAAUGUACAUCUCAAUGAUCAAUAUCUUCUUUUUUCUAUUUACCCCAACAGUAUUCAACAAAUUAUGUCAAGAACAUCGCAAUCAAAAAUAGAGAUCUAAAUUAAGAAAACAAAACAAGAAAGAAAAACAGUCACACACACGAAGAAAAACCAAAAAUUCACCUCUACUGCGCGACGACGCUCGUCUUGUGUAGAAGACGCUGUGAAACAUCUCAACAAUAUCAUAUGAGGGCAGAUGACAGUCUGCUUGCAGCGUAGCUGAUGAAGGGCAGCCACAUCGUAUGGAACUUCAAAGAAAACAAAGCUUGUCCUGUUUCAAAUGUUGAAUAACAUCACAUAACCACCAUUUAUAACUGGGAGGACAAGAAUUUUUCCAGCUGAACAAUAUGAGUCGACGGGCAAUGAUCAGAGAUCCAAUACCCUGAAGUGGGCACUUGUCGCUGUGGAUCCCAAAUAAGGCGAGUUUGGGAUCAGGGCCCUGUCAUUUCUGACCAAGUCGUGAAAAUCUGGGAGCAAAGGUUUGGGCAAAGCCCCAAAACGUGUCCGAGAGAUGCUGGAUGUUGUCUGCAUGGGUCACCGAGGAUCCCUGUUUGGCUGUAUUGUGGCGGUGGAGUUUCACUUUUGAGUCAUGACCACCGUGUCAUAUUUUGAAUUGAACGAGUCCCACGAGUCUCACACAUACUGAAGUCUGGUGAAGCUUCCUGCCACUCAUCAUCUGUGAGGGACUGAGCCAAACCACCCUCCCAGGCGGACGUGGAACCAUCUCCAGCUCUUCUUGGUGGAGUCAUCAAAGUGCUGUAUAGAGAAGAAGUGACUCUCCUGGCUGAAGAGAGAGUUCAGUCCACGGGUGAGUCCUCUGCUCCAUUUGGAAAACAAGCUGAAUUUGACUUCAUCAAAUGUCUGAAUUGUAAACCUGCCACAAAGCUGUUCAAAGGAAGCAAAUACACCAUCCAUAUAACAGGACUGUACAUUCUUCCUUUCUCCAGCUUUCAAAUGAAGAGUCAAACAGCGGCGGUAGGAAACAAUGAUUGGAGUUUAUCGCUGCUAAACGAGACGUUCCCGUACGUACUUGAGAGCCUAUUUUCAAAGAUUGUGUAGUGGCAGAGUUCUGUUUGAGUCGAGCAAUGACAAAGGGAGUGAUGAGCUUGGACUGCAGGACUCUUGUUCCAUAUUUGACUGGACAGACUCUUUCAACUUCAGAGUGAUGAGUCCCAAAGGACGAAGCAGGGAUAUUACAGGCCCAAUAAUAAAGGUCAAAAAAGAUGUGCUGCCUUUCUUUUGUUCCAGAUACAUGCACUUAUCGCUUGAUCGAAGUCUUUGAAAAAGCUUUUCUUGAUAUCAAUGGGAAUACGUU